AUGGGGGAUAUUCCGCAGCACCGCCUUCCCGGCGCCACCAACGCCGUCAGCCACCCGUCGAAUCGGUCGGACGAACUCGACCAGCCGCUGAACUCGACAUUCGUCCUGGGCAAGGGCGAGAGCAGCAACACGUUCGGCAUGGUCAAGGACUACAAGCCGAAGCCCGGCGCCAAGUCGUACGAGCUCGACCAGCCGCUGAACUCGACAUUCGUCCUGGGCAAGGGCGAGAGCAGCAACACGUUCGGCAUGGUCAAGGACUACAAGCCGAAGCCCGGCGCCAAGUCGUACGAGCUCGACCAGCCGCUGAACUCGACAUUCGUCCUGGGCAAGGGCGAGAGCAGCAACACGUUCGGCAUGGUCAAGGACUACAAGCCGAAGCCCGGCGCCAAGUCGUACGAGCUCGACCAGCCGCUGAACUCGACAUUCGUCCUGGGCAAGGGCGAGCAGCAACACUCGUACGAGCUCGACCAGCCGCUGAACUCGACAUUCGUCCUGCGCAAGGGCGAGAGCAGCAACACGUUCGGCAUGGUCAAGGACUACAAGCCGAAGCCCGGCGCCAAGUCGUACGAGCUCGACCAGCCGCUGAACUCGACAUUCGUCCUGGGCAAGGGCGAGGCAGCAACACUCGUGUUUCAGUCGUACGAGCUCGACCAGCCGCUGAACUCGACAUUCGUCCUGGGCAAGGGCGAGAGCAGCAACACGUUCGGCAUGGUCAAGGACUACAAGCCGAAGCCCGGCGCCAAGUCGUACGAGCUCGACCAGCCGCUGAACUCGACAUUCGUCCUGCGCAAGGGCGAGAGCAGCAACACGUUCGGCAUGGUCAAGGACUACAAGCCGAAGCCCGGCGCCAAGUCGUACGAGCUCGACCAGCCGCUGAACUCGACAUUCGUCCUGGGCAAGGGCGAGAGCAGCAACACGUUCGGCAUGGUCAAGGACUACAAGCCGAAGCCCGGCGCCAAGUCGUACGAGCUCGACCAGCCGCUGAACUCGACAUUCGUCCUGGGCAAGGGCGAGCAGCAACACUCGUGUUUCAGUCGUACCGAGCUCGACCAGCCGCUGAACUCGACAUUCGUCCUGGGCAAGGGCGAGAGCAACACUCGUGUUUCAGUCGUACGAGCUCGACCAGCCGCUGAACUCGACAUUCGUCCUGGGCAAGGGCGAGAGCAGCAACACGUUCGGCAUGGUCAAGGACUACAGCCGAAGCCCGGCGCCAAGUCGUACGAGCUCGACCAGCCGCUGAACUCGACAUUCGUCCUGGGCAAGGGCGAGAGCAGCAACACGUUCGGCAUGUCGUACGAGCUCGACCAGCCGCUGAACUCGACAUUCGUCCUGGGCAAGGGCGAGAGCAGCAACACGUUCGGCAUGGUCAAGGACUACAAGCCGAAGCCCGGCGCCAAGUCGUACGAGCUCGACCAGCCGCUGAACUCGACAUUCGUCCUGCGCAAGGGCGAGAGCAGCAACACGUUCGGCAUGGUCAAGGACACGCCGAAGCCCGGCGCCAAGCCGCUGAACUCGACAUUCGUCCUGGGCAAGGGCGAGAGCAGCAACACGUUCGGCAAGGUCAAGGACUACAAGCCGAAGCCCGGCGCCAAGUCGUACGAGCUCGACCAGCCGCUGAACUCGACAUUCGUCCUGUGCAAGGGCGAGAGCAGCAACACGUUCGGCAUGGUCAAGGACCACAAGCCGAAGCCCGGCGCCAAGUCGUACGAGCUCGACCAGCCGCUGAACUCGACAUUCGUCUUGGGCAAGGGCGAGAUCAACACCAUUUCCGGCGUCUCGAAGAGCUACAAGCCACAGCCCGCCACCAAGAAACCGACCUUCAACACUGUCAAGAAGACAAGCCGGACGCCCCGCCCCAAGUCGCCGCUAUACCUCCCGCGUAUGAAGGAGCUGGAUGAAUUCAUGAAGACGAUCGUCAAGAAA